AUGUUUGAUUCAGGAUCUUAUCUGAGUCGAGGUUCUCAUCAUUUGGUGCAGCGCAGCGUAUCCUCAGCUACCCGAGGCUCCCUCUCUACUAUCUACCAAACUGAUCACUUGCCGAUAAAAUUCCUACCUAUGCCAGUGGACUACACUUGUGUCUGCAAGAGACACAACGGUGGUCGUCCCCAUUCUGUCUCUCGUGCUGCGUGGUACAAACACUUGCAAGCAGCUGAAACCAAGGAAGACAGGGCCGCCAUUCGUGCUGGGAAUCUCUCCCUUGACUUACAUGCACAGAUUCAGGCUCACGCUCAUGACCUCGGCAAAUCUUCUUCAAGCUCUGGCCCUUCUCGAAAUGCCGGUGUGGGUAACACAACAAAGGCGACAAAAGGGCGAUGUAAGCGCGAGAAACGCGCUCAAGGCGCGCGCGGGAAAGUGAAACGCGAAAAAUGCGCGAAGUGCGGGAAGGCGAAAGUGCGAAAGGGCGAAAAUGCGCGGAGAACAGGGAUGGUAGUGCGAGCAGCGCACAAGUGUAGAGAGACGAUAAUAUGGGCUCGGAGCCGAAUAGGGAGCGCUCUAAGUAUGAACUGGUUGGAUGAUGGAUGGAUGCUCCUGGAUGAUGCGCGAUGGAGUGUGCUUAAGCGCGCGCGCGGGAACGCGAAACGCGAAAGCGUGAGAAAGUGUUGCGCCUAUGAAACGCGAGUCUCUACACCGGAAUCAACACAUCAAGUGGCCUGUCAAAAAGACCCCAGCGACUCUGAGGUAGCCCAAGGGAGUUGGAAGCGCAUACGAGAAGGCCACCAGGAUGUCCUAUUAUCUCCAGGUGAAGGGCAUCGCAGCCGAGUUGACGAAGAAGACCUCACCAUCAGAGACGACAACUUUGAAGAGCAAGGGGAGGGAUAUGAUAAUUCUGAUGGACAGGUGAUGGGCAAGAUCGCGACUUUGAUAGGCAGGGCGAUGGGCAAGAUCACGACUUCGAUGGGCAGGGCGAUGGAAGAUUUCAUGUUCAGGGACUUAGAAACGAAGAUUUCGGUGCACAAGGAGAGAACAACCUACCGGACCCGCCUGACCGCCAACCUAACAUUCAGAGAGAACAACCAGUCAUAAGAUAUCGAGGAACUUGCA